CUUAUCUUAUAACAUUCCAAGUCUCUCUCUCUCUCUCACCAAUUUCGUCCAUUUUCCUUUCAUCAUGGACUCACAAAUCGCCCCUCAUCACCAUCUGCAUCACCCCCUUGCCCUUCAUCAAAGUGUUGAAGGAAAAGAAGAAGAAGAUGGGCAGCUUCAUGAGAAGAAAUCAGUGCUGAAGAAAGUGAAGGCAAAAGCUAAGAAGAUUAAAGACACUAUUACAAAGCAUGGCCAUGGCCAUGAUCAUGAUCAUCAUGACUAUGAAGAUGAGGAUGAUGAAGAUGAGGAUGAUGAAGUCAUAGAAGACCCUGAAAUCCAGGGAGCUCCAUUAUAUGAAGGUGCUGCAAUGAGGAGCGCGGUAGCUGGACAAGGGCAGCAUCAAGAUGUCGGAAUUGGAAUGACGACAGGGAUGCACAAUGAGCCUUCCCGAGGUCCAAGAGAAACGACAAGUCGUCCCUCUGCUUUUGACACUGGCUUUACAUCCGUUGAUAAUCCAACAACAAAUAAAGGAGCGGAUAAAGUAGAGGACUCCGCUGUUGCCCCAAACACGACCAUGUCUCUGUCUCCAUGGAAAUUGGAGGAGGAUCCUCAUGGCCCUCACACUCCUCAUAAUUCCCAGGUCAAAGUUCACGACCCUGCUAACAGAGGGAGUGAAGAAGCAGGGAAGUCUCAAGUUUUCGAUUCAUUUGCAAAAAUGAAAGUCAACGAUGAAUACGAACCGAAUCGACCCAGUUUAGCUAGUAGAAUAGACCGAGGAGGAGAAGAUCAAACCAAUUAUGGGCAGAAAGUCUCAGCCGUUGGUUCGGCAGUGAGUGAAAAAGCAGUGGCAGCGAAGGAUUUUGUGGCAUCAAAGCUUGGGUAUGUGGAAACAACAGAGGAAACUAUCAACAAUUCGUCUUCGCCAUUAGAGUACGGAAAGAAGAUAGCAUUAACAGUGACAGAGAAGUUAAAGCCAGGGGAAGAAGACAAAGCACUGUCAGAAGUAAUUUCAGAGGCUUUGAGCAGAAGGAAAUACGAGUUAGUCAAAGUUGGAGAAAGUGCUUUUGGACGACAUCAGUCCCUGUUGUCCAAAGGGGAGGUGACGGAGUCGGAGGAGCUGACACGACGGCUUGGGAAAGAGGAUAAGGAAGCGACGGAGAAAUCCUCUGUUGCGGGUGCAACGGCAGCGACAGGGAGGAGUGUGGUGGGUAUGGUGAAAGACACGGUGGGGUCGUGGCUGGGAAAAGCUGGAGAGCAAUCAGCGCCGUCGCAACAAUCCCUUGGUAUUUCACAAGGUGUGGAGGGUUUUGUGGAUUCUUCAUCAGUUGGGGAAGGGAGACGGCGCCAGCAGGAGCAUGCUGGGACGGAGCCAGACGUUCGGAUACUUCAGGAUUCAGCGAAUUAAAGCAGUUGCACACAGAUUUCAGCAUGUUCUUACGACACAGCCACAAAGUCGAAAGUUUUUUUUUGUUUUUUACUUUUUUUUUUUUUUUUUAAAUGUUAAUUCGGUACUUUGUUUUGAAGAUGGUUUUUUCGUGGUAACUUUUGGUACGUCUUUGGUUUUUGUAAUAAAAAGGUAAAAGGAAGAAGUAAAAAAGUCUAUCAAAUAGUAAAUUAUAAUUAGAUAAUUAAGUGCUAAAUUGUCGUAGUUGAAUAAUUUAGCCGAUAUGAGUCGUUAACUUGGUUCAAAGUCAUCAUUUUUAGAGCAUUCUAGAUCAUUCUAGAUUAAUUUGACUCAUAACUCAAAUGAGUUGGGAAACACUUUAACAUGCUCUGCCUCAGCCAAACUGGUUAGUUUUGGCAUCAUUUGGCUCAAACUCCUCUUCUUAGGAUGCAUACCCCAUUCAUUGGAAUGGGAGGUCAAGUGGGAUGCAUAACAAUUUCGCUACGAAAACAGCUAUUAAAAAAAAGGAGGAAAAAGGUAGAAGAUCAAAAUUCAUUAAAAAGGAAAAAGGUGCAAGACGCGAGCUUCAAAUUUAAUUUUAGAAAGUGUCAUUUAGGGUUUAAAAUAUAAUUUUUUUUUUUCAUUUCUCUACUAUUCUGGUUUUUCUCCCAAAUUUACAUAUUUAUUAAUCUUCUUUGAUUCUGAAGCACUUCACGGUCCAAGCUUUCUGCCUCUGUUGUCUCGGCUCCAUUUCUCUUGCUCAGACUCUCAAUCGAGUUCUCUUCGUUCAGUUAUCGAGUUUUCCUCACUCAAGACCUUCGAGUUCUCCCCGUGCUUAGAUAUCGGGUUCUCUUCGAUCGAGUUCUUCUCGUUCAGAUUCUUCUUAAUCGACAUUGAGUUCUCCUCGCUUAGACUAUCCUUGAUCAACCUCCAUCGAGUUCUCGUUUAGAGUUUCCUCGAUCGACAUCUAGUUUCCUCGCUCAGACUCUUCUUGAUCGAUUUUUCGACUUUUUGCACUCGACUUCGACUUCUUGAUUUAUCUCAAGUUAUUAGAUUGGUAUGACUCAGGAGAGAUUAUUGCAGAAGGAUGAUGGUUUUCUAAUGAUCUAGCUGCUCUUGUUCAUCACAUUCCUAUUGGUCCACAUGCAGUUAGAGUAUGAGUUGAUGUAUCAAAGAAACUCGAUGCAUAUUUAUGGAGGCCUUCAUUUGAGAUGACAUGUAUUGAAGAAGCUUUGGGCAGUACAGUUGCAUGGUCAUCUGAUAAAGUGAUUAUUGGUGAAUGAAAUGAUGCCUUACCAGAGGAAAAGAGAACCAACAAUGAUAGCUCAACUACAUAUUUUGAACACUUGGUGAAUUUUGAACACUUUGCAUUUUGAGAGCUAACUUAUGUUGUUUGUGUGGUUACUAAAUUCUUUAUCUAGCUUGUAUCAUUUAG